GACAAUAUCACGAAGUUGAUGAAAGUGAAGUGCUGGAAAAAGCACGGAACUUUUAUAUAAAAUUAAACGGUGAACCUGAACCUGAACGAUAUAAUGCUAGGAUGAAUAAUAAUCUUGAAACAUGGAACAAAGCGAGAGAUAGAGCUUAUUUCGAAGCUCAGGAAGCAGUAGAUUACCUAUGGGAAAGUACUCUCACGUAUUUAAAUAACCAUCAUGAUGAAGAAUAUAUCUGGCGAAUGAAUGAAUCUUUCAACAAUAAUAGAGAAGCUGCUAUCGCUAGAUUACCAACUAUCCUAGAUUUAACCGAGGAUAAUCGGUUAAAACUGGCAAAGUUUAAUUUAUGUCAUAAUUGCUAUUUUCCAUUUAGCAAUGAAGACUUGAGACAAACUAACGAUCGUAAAUUUUUAUGUAUUAAAACAGAUAUGAAUCCAGAACCAUGUUGGAUCGACCCCAUAACAAAUGAAAUUACUAAUAUUGUCGAAGAAGCCCACGAAGUUUGUGAAAAGGAUUUCGGAAAAGAAAUCCUUCGACAAGAAGAAAAUCAAAAUUACUAUUGUAAAUGUUAUGCAAAAACUUUUCUCACUGAAAAACAGAAGGCCCGACUCAGUGAAAGUCUGAAUAAUCAU